CGGCUCCCGUAGAGGAGCGCCGGCCGUGUCGGCGCCACGUCUCCUCCGGCGACGGGAGAAAUCUCGGUUGGGCCUCCGGGCGGCUCCGGGCUGCAAUGGCCUUUACCUUGUACUCGCUGCUGCAGGCGGCCCUGCUUUGUGUCAAUGCCAUCGCCGUGCUGCACGAGGAGCGCUUCCUCAAGAACAUUGGCUGGGGAACAGACCAGGGAAUUGGCGGAUUCGGAGAGGAGCCAGGAAUUAAAUCUCAGCUAACGAACCUUAUUCGAUCUGUAAGAACUGUGAUGAGAGUGCCAUUGAUAAUAGUAAACUCAAUUGCAAUUGUAUUGCUUUUACUAUUUGGAUGAAGAUCAAUGGGGGAAAUGGAGAUUCAGAAGAAGAGCUGCCAGCAGAAGUUAUUACUUCAGUCUUUAUUGGAGUAUACGUAUCUUAGCUGGCUGUCCUUGGACUUGACAAAAAUGUAAUCCUGACAAUAAAACCAGAAUCCCUAUUUAUCUGAUUUUUUUAAAUGUUGCACUUAUAGUUUCAUUAGAAAAAGAUCAGAUCAUCAGAGGCAGUAACUAUCCAGGACUGGAAUACAUUUGAUUGCUGACUGUUAAUAAAAGUUUAUGCUAUGCUAAUAAUUGUUAAAAGGGUACAGGACUGUCAUUUCUGUGUUUUUAGAGAUUUUUCUCUCUCACUUCUCAGGGAUGAAUUUUUUUUUCAAAGUUUUGAAGUUCCUUGUGACUUAGCUAUGAUAUGAGUGUGAUUAUCUUCCUAGAUAAAAUUUAAAGGAUUUUUUAAAAGUAAUUACGACAUAUAAAAUGAUAACUAGAUAAUUUGGAUAAUUUUAUUUUGAACUGUUUGAUUAAAUAUUUUGUCUAUAUAUUGUCUCAGCUAUGAAAAAUUUAUAGUAACUAUUGAGAAGCAGUACUCUCUGAUUUCAGGGAGAAUUCUAAUUUUGUAAGUCAGAUAGUCACAUGAUGAUUGUGUUUUUGUUUUAAAUUCUUUUCAUGCAUUUGUUAUUUAUUAAUUGGCCUGAAUGAUGAGACCAGAUCAGUAUCUACAUAUUUUUGUUGGUAGAAAAACCUGUGUAGAAAAGUCCAUGCCCUUUUUACAAUGAUGACUUAUUUUUUUUAAUCAGCAUAAAUAUUAGCCUGUAAGAGCAAUCCUAAACAAUCACAAUUAAACUAUACUACAUAAGAAGACUUUAUUGUGAAGCAUUUACCCCUCCCCAAAUUAUCACAUUUCCAUCUCUUUGAGUAGCACAAGAAGCAGUAUGAUUCUUAAUUCUUCAUUCUGUCUGUCAGUAGAGCAUUCAUGCUGGAUAAGUUGUUUUUUGUUUUGUUUUUAUGUCUUAGACCAUCCCAUAUUUGCUCAUCCCGUAAUACAGUUUUAUGCAGAAAGAUUAAAACUAUGUAAAUGGUUUUUCUGGAAAUUAUCAGUUAUAAUACUUUAAAGGGUGUGGAAUGGCAUCUUUGUUUAUAGGAGAACAUUUCUAAAUAAAAGUUAAAUUUUGAAGUCAA